AUGCCCGGCAUCGCCCCCGAGGUCAUCAGCCAUAAACUCAGCAUUUCCCCCGUUUAUAAACCCGUUAGGCAGAAGCGCCGAUCGUACGAUGCCGAACGAUACGAGGCCAUGCGUACAGAGGUCGACAAACUUCAAACCAUCGGCUUCAUCCGGGAGGCAACGUAUCCCGUAUGGCUGGCAAAUUCCGUGAUGGUGAGAAAGGCCACAGGCGGGUGGCGAAUGUGCCAAGACUAUACCGAUCUCAACAAGGCCUGCCCGAAGGACAGCUUUCCGUUGCCACGGAUAGACCAGCUUGUGGACGCUACUGCCGGCCAAGAACUGCUCAGCUUCAUGGACGCCUAUUCCGGCUACAAUCAGAUAUUCAUGCACCCUCCCGAUAGCGAACACACCGCAUUCAUAACGGACAAAGGGUUGUACUGUUACAAUGUCAUGCCGUUCGAGUUACCAAUUUUCUAUGUCAGUAAGGUACUCCAGAGUGCUGAACUUCGGUAUCCCCAAUUAGAGCAGCUUGCACUAGCCCUUGUUGUCUCGGCACGAAGACUUCGGUCAUACUUUCAGGCUCACGGAAUCAAAGUCCUGACCAACCAACCGCUCCGGCAAGUGCUCCAAAAACCAGAAAUUUCUGGCCUAUUGAUCAAGUGGGCGAUGGAACUCGGAGAAUUUGACAUACAGUUCGUUCCGAGGCCCGCCGAAAAGGGCCAGGCUAUUGCCGAUUUCAUCUCCGAGCUUACCCCAUUAACAGCACAGCCGACGCCCGAGGCGGUGACCGAGACCGGAUUGCCAGAUGAGCUAGACGCCGAACGCUUUGACACCUCAACUCCCGUAUGGGGUCUGCACGUCGAUGGUUCGGCAAACCAACAAGGAUGCGGAGCAGGCUUGGUACUGACAACACCGGACGGACUCAAGAUCGAGUACGCCCUCCGAUUCGACUUCCGAACCUCCAACAAUGAAGCGGAAUAUGAAGCUCUCCUGGCCGGCCUUCGGUUAGCCAAGAGCAUGAAUGCAAAACAAAUAAGAAAUCACAGUGACUCCCAGCUCAUCGUGAACCAGGUAAUGGCAGACUUCGCCGCCAAGGAUGCCUCCAUGUACGCCUACCUUUCGACCGCCCAUCAGCUACUCCAAAGCUUCCAAGCCUACGAGAUCAAGCAGAUCCCCAGAGGCGAAAACAGCCAUGCCGAUGCAUUGGCGCCCCUGGCUUCGGCAAUAAACGACAAGGUCGGAAGAAAGGUGCCGGUGGAGAUUCUUGCCCAACCGAGCACGGUAGCCUCUGAAACGUGUACCGUACGGUAUGAGGAUACAUGGAUGUCUCCUAUCUAUUCGUACCUGACGAACGGCACCCUUCCUGAGGACAAGGCCCAGGCCCGGAAGCUUCGAUACCGAUCAGCAAGGUACACUGUCGUCAACAAUGUGCUUUACAAGCGCGGCUACACCACCCCAUAUCUCAAAUGCCUUACGGCAGAACAGGGGGACUACGUUCUUCGGGAGAUCCAUAACGGUGUGUGCGGCAACCAUUCCGGGUCCCGGUCCCUCGCCCACAAAGCCUUUCGGCAGGGAUACUUUUGGCCGACCAUGCAUCAGGACACUAAUUCACUUGUGAAAAGAUGUGAUAAAUGUCAGCACUUCGGUAACGUUCCGCAUAUCCCUGCCGAACCUCUGACACCGAUUGUAAGCCCUUGGCCUUUCGCACAAUGGGGACUAGACCUGAUCGGUCCAAUACCGCAAGCUGUGGUGCCUGUGGAAAUUGGCGAACCUUCCUACCGAACGGAAAACUUCGCACCGAAGCCGAACGAAGAAGCCAUUUCUCUAAGCCUCGACCUACUCGAAGAGCACCGGGCACAUGCCAACCUUCGAAAUGAAGCCUACAAACAACGUGUCUCUCGGUAUUACGACUCUAGAGUCAGAAAUCGCUCAUUCCGAAUCGGAGACUGGGUCAUGCGCAAGGUAUCACUAGCAACCAAAGAUGCCACGGAAGGAACCCUCGGACCUUCCUGGGAAGGACCUUAUGAGAUCAUCGGUAUCCUUCGAUCAGGAACCUACCGACUAAGAGACUCCAACCGCAAGACCCUCGGCAUCCUUGGAACGUGGAACAUCUAA